CUUGAGAUGUCCAAUUUCAAGAGUGACAUCAAACUGAAAAAAUCUGUAUCGAACGAUGCGAUUUAUUCUAUGAUCACAGAAUUUACAAAACACCAUAAUAAUAUUUUAAGAUACGUUGAAGAUUUGCAAUCGCUAUUCGGUAGUAUAUUAUUUAUAGAAUUUCUGUCCAGUGCCACCUUAAUCGCCUUAGUUACGUUUCAAAUGAAGAUGUCGAGCGCUGACAGUAUUCUUAGUUUCUUUACGUUCAUAUUCUACUUCUCGUUCGUGCUCCUUCACAUGUUCAUGUAUUGCACAUUUGGCACCAUGUUAACUAAUCAGAGCCACCUAAUCGUUUCCGCUUGUUGGAAUGGAUCUUUAUGGGACGAUGACUUAUCCGAAAGAUGUCGAAAGUCUUUGUUAACGAUCAUGAUACGUGCCACGAAGCCGUGUUAUUUAAUUGGAGGAAAGUGUUUCACAGCUGGUCUAGAACAAUUCACUAUGAUCAUCAAAUCCGCGGUGUCGUAUUAUGCACUGAUUAAUACAUUCCUGGAGUGAGAAAUAUCAGCAAUGUCCGGAAAGGUGGAAUAAAUAAUUUUUUGUCGCAUUGAAACGUA